AUGGAGUCUAAAUUAAGCCUACCUUCUUUUGGAUGUGAUACUAAGAAUGCUAUAUGUAAUAUAGAGGAAUCGAAGUUUACAAAGUUCAGGUUUGAUGGUGACUCGCCCAUAAGUGAUAAUUCGAGGUUCAGUGCUAAUAGUAACAUAAGAAUGAUGACUGAGCAGAAAGAAAUCGACUAUUUUCGAGCAGAUUUACGAAGUACAGCUGUUGAAGAGCAUGAGUCUGAAGAAGUUGAUUAUAAGAAAAGGCUUAAAACCCUCAAGGAUUGUUUCAAAGGGACCGUAUCAGAGAAGGGCCUCAGAACUGCCAAUGUUACUAACUGCUAUUACAGUUAUAUCUUAAACAAUUUUAUUUCCUGUUUCUUGGCCUAUAUAGGGAUUGCUUUGUGAGUCCUAGAUAAUGAGUACUAUAUCCGGAAUUCUGAAGACAAGAAAGAUCGAUACAUAUUAUUAACAAUCAAUAUGUUUGUCAACAUCUUUUUAGCUAUAAGCAUAACAUUUGGGUACAAAAUAUGGAUCCAAUUUACUAAUCUUCUCAAUCCUGUACUUCAGUUGGGAAUUUCGAAGGGACAAGAGGAGUACCAGCAGAAAAGAAUGAAGAUGAAGUUGUUCUCCAGGCCAAUCGUUUACUACUACCUGACUGAAAUUGGUUUAACCCUUGCUUCUCCAUAUCAAUGGCUAUAUGAUAUAGAAUACCAAUAUAAUGUUGGAAAAGAUCAAAUUAGAUUUUAUUUAAAUACAUUCUUACUAACUCUCAUGAUGAUCUUCAGGACGUAUCAUUUUGUCAGAGCGAUCUUACAGCUCUCAUUAUUCAUGACUCCUCGUGCAGAGAGGAUGACAAGAAUUUUCUCUCCCAAUAGCAAUUUAGUUCAAAGCCAGAUUAGUCCGUACUUUUUCACUUUUCGAUGAGAGUUUAAGUACAAUUCUUUCAGAGUUAUCAUAAUCUGCCUAACCUACACCUGUUUGGUGCUAGCGGUGAUGUUUCGAUUUGCUGAAGAGCCAUACGCAAGACAAGUUGCACAUUCAAGUUUCUCGUACCAAAACUCGGUAUGGAUUUGCUUCAUCACCAUGUCAACAGUUGGGUAUGGAGAGCUAUCCCCAGUUUCAAUCCCUGGUAAACUUAUCGCAACAGUGUGUGCAUUUAUGGGAGUGAUCCUCCAGGCAUCUUCUGUCAUUGCAAUGCUGAACCUCUUAGAAAUGAAUCAUGCAGAGAUGUUUAGUUAUGGAAUCCUUAAAAUUUUAGAAGUUAAGGAAAAAGUCCUUUAUAAAGCAGUCAGGAUGCUUCAAGUAAAAUUCAGGAGCAAUAGGGUGAAACAGACACAGAAGAACAUCAAGAAAUACAAUGUUAUGUGGAGAAAAUAAAAGUAGACACUUUAAGUUUAGAACCCGGAGGCUAUGGGCAGCAAGAUGAGAAAACUCAUCUCCAAUGGAUCAAACUGCUUAUGAUAUUGCUUACUACAGAAAUCAGUUGUUUAAGUCAACUGUGCUAAGCACUAAGCUUAAAGAAUUUGUACUGAAAUCACAAAAGGAAAAAGAAGAUAAACUUAACGCUACACGGACAAAGAAGAGAAGCAAUUUGAUACUUUCUAAACCUCCAGAACCAGUGUCAGUAAAUGACAUAAAAUGCGAGAUGUUUAGUGAGAACAAGUUUGAAGUAAUGGAGAAGGACUUCACUUUCAGAAAUGCUAGCAUUAUAUCUCACCAGAAGAAUCUGUUUCGAAAUCAUGUCGACCAUAAUUAAGUCUCCUCCUUUCAGAUAGAGUCCAUAAAAUGCUGAGGACGUGUUGAUACCUUCUCUUCAGAUAUAUGGGGAUUAAUCAUAUAAUAAGUGAAUCAAGUGGGCAUUUAUCUACAACCGAUUCAUAACUAAUAAUAUAUUUU